CUGAAGGCAGCAGAAAGCCGGAGUGAGGGUGCCGGGAGCAUGACAGUGUGCGGUGACGCCACGAACUGGGACGAAGAUGCGUACAGGGAAAUCGUACUGAAAGAGAGAGACAUUGAAACCCGAACCGUUUUCCGAACCGCUUGGGCUCCCCCUUACACCCCUAACCUUCACACUCUCCUCGUUGCCUCCAGCGACGGUUCCAUUGCCUCUUACUCCAUCUCUCCCUCUAACCUCAAUAAUCCCUUUGGUUUUGUGAAUGCCGAUAAAGAUAAAUUGUUCGCGGAACCCAAUUGCUUCUUUCAAGCGCAUGAUGGACCUGCGUAUGAUGUCAAAUUCUAUGGUGAUGGUGAAGAUGCUCUGUUGCUGAGCUGUGGUGAUGAUGGUCGGAUUCGAGGAUGGAGAUGGAAGGAAAUUUUAAGCUCAAAUUAUUCUGUUUCUUCACAAGGAAAUGAUAUCAAGCCAGUACUUGAUGUGGUGAAUCCUCAACACAAAGGUCCCUGGGGUGCACUUUCACCUAUUCCUGAGAAUAAUGCUAUUGCUGCUGAUACUCAGCGAGGAUCUGUUUUUGCUGCAUCUGGUGAUUCUUGUGCAUAUUGUUGGGAUGUGGAAACUGGUAAAGUAAAAAUGGUAUUCAAGGGGCACUUGGACUUUUUGCAUUGUAUAGUUGCUCGCAACUCCUCUGACCAGAUCAUAACAGGUUCAGAGGAUGGGACUGCACGAAUUUGGGAUUGCAAAAGUGGAAAGUGUACCCAGGUGAUUGAUCCAGCAAAAGAUUUGAAGUUAAAGGGAUCUGUUUCAUGGGUUGGCUGUGUUGCCUUAGAUGCAAGUGAGAGCUGGUUGGCUUGCAGCAGUGGACGUAAUAUAUCACUUUGGAACCUUCCUGCUUCAGAAUGCGUAUCAAAGAUUCCAACUCGGGCUUGUGUACAGGACAUGUUAUUUGAUAAUAAUCAAAUUUUGGCUGUUGGUGCAGAUCCUCUACUGAAUCGCUUCAACAUGAAUGGCAUGAUCCUUUCGCAAAUACAGUGUGCUCCUCCGUCAGCUUUUUCUAUCUCCUUACAUCCAGCAGGGGUUAUGGCAGUAGGGGGUUAUGGAUGUCUUGUUGAUGUUAUCUCACAAUUUGGCAGCCACAUGUGCACAUUUCGUUGCCAAUCUAGGUUUAUAAUUAAGGUUGACUUUUACGAGGUUAAACAUUUAACAGUUCAUUAUGAACCCUCGUUUCAUUUAUCACUUGACACUCACUCACUUCAUUCACCAUCGCCACAACGCUCUUCCUUUCCUCGACUCCGCGGCGUAGAUCCGAGGAGUUUGGGAAACCCUAACCCUACUCCGUUCACCCAAUCUUUGCUCCGUCAUCAUUCUCUAGUCAUGGCAGGACUUGCAGCUGAGGGUUCACAGUUCGAUGGUCGUCAAUAUGACGCCAAAAUGAGCGACUUGCUUACAUCUGAUGGACAGGAAUUCUUCACAUCUUAUGAUGAGGUUUAUGAUAGUUUUGACGCUAUGGGUUUGCAGGAGAAUCUUCUGAGAGGCAUUUAUGCAUAUGGUUUUGAAAAGCCAUCGGCCAUUCAGCAAAGGGGAAUAGUUCCCUUCUGCAAGGGACUUGAUGUUAUUCAACAGGCACAGUCUGGAACUGGAAAGACAGCAACUUUUUGCUCUGGUAUUCUGCAGCAACUUGACUACAGUUUGACACAAUGCCAGGCCUUGGUUUUGGCACCAACUCGUGAGCUUGCUCAGCAGAUUGAGAAAGUUAUGCGGGCGCUUGGUGAUUAUCUUGGUGUCAAGGUUCAUGCUUGUGUGGGAGGUACUAGUGUUCGUGAAGACCAACGCAUUCUAUCCAGUGGUGUUCAUGUUGUGGUUGGUACUCCAGGUCGUGUGUUUGAUAUGCUGCGCAGGCAGUCACUUCAGCCAGAUUACAUCAAGAUGUUUGUAUUGGAUGAGGCUGAUGAAAUGCUUUCCCGAGGUUUUAAAGAUCAGAUCUACGAUAUAUUUCAGCUGCUGCCAUCUAAAAUUCAAGUGGGAGUUUUCUCUGCUACCAUGCCUCCUGAGGCCCUUGAGAUCACAAGGAAGUUUAUGAACAAACCUGUGAGGAUCCUUGUGAAACGUGAUGAGCUCACUUUGGAAGGUAUUAAGCAGUUUUAUGUCAACGUUGAGAGAGAGGAAUGGAAGCUGGACACACUCUGUGAUCUUUAUGAGACAUUAGCUAUCACUCAGAGUGUCAUUUUUGUAAACACCAGAAGGAAAGUCGAUUGGUUGACUGACAAAAUGAGAAGCCGAGACCACACUGUCUCUGCAACCCAUGGAGACAUGGACCAGAAUACCAGGGACAUUAUUAUGCGUGAAUUCCGUUCUGGGUCUUCCCGUGUUUUAAUAACUACUGAUCUUUUGGCUCGUGGUAUUGAUGUCCAACAAGUGUCUCUAGUUAUAAAUUAUGAUCUCCCUACACAGCCUGAGAACUAUCUUCAUCGCAUUGGUCGAAGUGGGAGGUUUGGCAGGAAAGGUGUUGCCAUCAACUUUGUCACGAAGGACGAUGAAAAAAUGCUGUUUGACAUCCAGAAGUUUUACAACGUGGUAGUCGAGGAGCUGCCAUCAAAUGUUGCUGAGCUCCUCUGAUGAGAUUUUGUCCUCCAUCUUACUAGAUGACAUUAAUCUGCGUUUGGGAAGUGUUAUGUAAUGUUUCUCCCCCUCUUCUCCCCCCCCCCCCCUUUUUCCUUUCUUUGGUUGUAUUUCCGCUCUUAAAACCUUGUUUAAUAGGCUUAGUAAUUUAAUUUAAAUUGUCAGUUGUCUGAAUAUCCAAGUGUUAACUACUUGCUAUGUGGAAUCCCAUUAUUGGCCAAAUUGGUACUGUCGCUGCACAUUUUAGGACUCAAAUUUUCUGUUUUACGUUUGAUUACUUUACGUCAAAUGCAUUCAUGUAUUUUUAUUUUUAUUUGGAACUAAUGCUAUGGCUGAAGUGUGGCGUUUGAGAUGAAGGCUUUUUUU